GAAUGCGUUUCCAAAAUGGUGUCGAGCUGGAGAUAGUUUAUUUUCACAAGUCAAAGCAAAAAUGCACCUUCCAAAAUAAAUAAAAAAGCAGUACAAUCGAUUAAUUUUCUUUUGCAACACAUAUGAACAAAAAGAAAAGGCGCCCUUGUAUCAAAAGGCGUCUAGCCCAAAGGAAUAAAGAGCUGAAACCGUCCUUCCUCCUCCCCUGAGAUUGUUCUUUUAUUUUGUUUAAACCACAGUGUUUUUUUUUUUUUCUUUUUUGGGAAAAGAAAACAUGCACAUGGAGAGGAAAACUAAACAUCUAAAAAUGCUUGCCAAGUAAAAAAACAGAAAAUGUUCUUUUUUUUUUUUUUUUUGAGUGAGUGGCAAAUGAAGAUGAUCCGAAAAGGUGUAACAUUCCCAUCUGAUUGCGUCAUCACUGUCACAUGAUCGACGAAAACGAAAGAUUUUAUUUUAUCCACUAGUGUAUAUAUAUAUUUUUCCCUAAGAUGGCAGGGAGAAAGCAAAUUUCAUUUCAAGAUAAACUCAACGUCAUCAGCAAUAUUGAUGAUGGAAUGAAGCAGGUUGAUGCAGCUAAGAAAUAUGGAUUAUCUCAAUCUACAGUUGCAACGUUCCUCAAGAAGAGGAAACAUAUUGAAGAUUCUGUGAGAUCAAAUUCAGUUAAUCCCAAGCGAAAACGACUAAAAGUCGUGACAAAUGAAAACAUUGAUGCUGCCGUCCUGAAGUGGUUUCAAGUGAUGAGGGCAACAAAUAUCCCAAUAAAUGGACCCUUGUUAUGUGCACAAGCACGGAAAUAUGCAGCAAUGCUAUGGAACGAAACUUUUAAAGCUAGCAAUGGUUGGCUAAUGCAUUUUCGGGAUCGCCACGGAAUCACUUUCCAGGAAAUUCACGGAGAGAAAAAAUCUGCUCCGAUGAAUGAGGCAAAUGCCUGGAGGCAAGAGAAGAUGAAAGAUAUUCUUCAAAAGUAUGCACCAGAAGACAUUUAUAACACUGAUGAAGCUGGGCUGUUUUUCAACUCCUCCCUGAUAGAACAUUGGCGUUUAAGGGUGAAAAGUGUCACGGCGGGAAGAAAUCGAAACAAAGAUUGACUGUUGUUCUGUGUGCCAAUAGUACAGGAACACAUAAAAUUCAAUCUCUUGUUAUCGGCAAAUCUUUGAAGCCAAGGUGCUUCAAGAAUGUGAGAAGUCUUCCUGUGGAAUAUAAAGCCAAUAAAAAGGCUUGGAUGACGUCUAAAUUUUUUUCUGAAUGGUUGCUGAAGUUAGAUAAGGAAAUGAAGAAGAGGAAGAAAAAAAUUGCAUUGUUGAUGGAUAAUUGCUCCGCUCACACUUCAAUUCCAAAACUACAAUGCGUUGAAUUUUUUUUUUUUUUUUUUUCGGCCAACUGCACUUCCAUAUUGCAGCCACUCGACAUGAGCAUAAUUAAAUGUUUUAAAGGAUACUAUAGGAAACCUUUGGUAGAAUCGAUACUUCUGGGGAUUGAAACUAAAGUGGAAGACCCUUUAAAAGCUGUAAAUGUUAAGGACGCAUGUGACUUUAUUGCUGGAAGUUGGUGGGCAGUAACAGAGAAAACCAUUCUGAAUUGUUGGAAAAAGGCCGGUUUAGGUGUCUUAGAAGAUAAAAUGAUAUCUAAUUGUGAUGAAAAUUCCUCAGACUGUGAUAUUUUAUAUGAUCAGGAAAUAGUUUUGAAUCUCCAAACAUCUGUGUCCCAACUCGAGGAAAAAACGGGCAAAAAAUAUGGAGUGAACGUGGAGGAUUAUUUGACAGCGGAUGAUGAUCUUACUGUUUUCGCAGGAGUUACUGAUGAAGAAAUUCUCUCUGAAAUUACUGGUUAGAUGGAACAUAGUGGAGAAGAAGAUGAUGAUGAUGAUAAUACGAGUCCUUCACAAUCCUUAUUGUCGACCCAGGAAAGCACUUCAAUCAGUCAAAUCUCUGCGGACAUUUUUUUUCCAAGUCUUCCAUCCACAAACGAGGAUCAUUUUCGUGCUUUGGACUCAAUGUAUACCUUGUUGGUUGACUUAACAGUCAAAAAAGCGGCCAAACAAACAAAAAUAUUUUAUUUUUUUCAAUAAAAACGGAUUUGAGGUAUGUUUACGAGCUUAUUUUCGGAAUUUAUUUCAAUUGAUAGUAAUAUUUAAUCAUAAUUAACACCUUGCCAAUAAAUGUAUUACAAAUAUACUAUAUAUAAAAACAUUUA